AUGUCCAACCAACAAGUGGGUACGGUGUUCGAGAAGGUGAUCCAGGAAGUCUGCGACUCCUCUCAGGUCGACUUUGAAGAAAGUGGUGUAGACCAAAAGACGCUCCUUGAUCUGCGCGAGGUAAAUUAUCUCCCCUUUGUUGUUCCUUCGGUGUAUCUGGAUGGUCUUGGUCGUCGUGGCCCAGAGUGGGCGGCCAAAAGCGGGGAGCCCCGAAGUGUGCGGGAGGCGACCUGGCAGCAAAAGCUUUCCUCUGUUAACGUCGCCCAUUUCCCCUGGGAUCCCGCUCCUCAGCCCACUCCUCAAGCUCCUGUCCUCCCUCCUCAGGCUACUGUUCCGUCUAACGCCCCACGACCCCCUCCUCAACAACAUGUGCAACAACAACAUGUGCCUACCCCUGUCUCUCUUCCGCAGGCGCCUCCUGCCUCAGCCCCCAUUCCUCAAGCCGCAGCAGCAAUGGCUGGUCCUCGCAUCAAGACCGAGCCUGGAACCAACGGACAAGGAGCAACGCCCAAUUUGACCAACCCGAUGGCUCCGAAUGUACCUCCUCUUCACUCCGCCUCCGCACGAGAGCGGGCCAUGAACAAUGUCCUUCACAAGUACGGACCUGCUGCGGCUCAAACUGUGAGUCAGCUUCAGCAGCCUGGACAGACCUAUCAACAGCAGAUGCACGCUUCCAAUGGCCAGAUGCCGCAGAUCAAGCAGGAGCCUGGAUAUCCACCCAUGGGCCCUGGUCAAACUGAUGGUGCCGAUGACUCCCUGUCCGACUGGAAAACAGAAGUAGCCCGUCGCAGACAAGCUGCCCAAAAUGGUGAAGGAGACCGGACUCUUAAGGCGCAUCUCAAACAGCAGAUGCUUGAUCUCGAAGCCGGUGGUCUCCUUCAGCCCUCCACCGGAUAUUCGACCUCGAUCAUGAGUCGUGCAGCUCUCACCAACUCUUUUGGCCAAGAUGACGUAGAUGAUCCGUCUUCGUCUGCCCCGAGAAUGCCUGGCCAGACCGACGGCACUGAUGACCUUAAGGUGGAGCCUAAGGAAGAAGCAGACGAAGACGCUAUCAACUCCGACUUGGACGAUCCCGACGACCUGGUUGCCGAAGAUCACGACGCCGAUGAAAUGGAAGGUCAGGUCAUGCUUUGCACCUAUGAUAAGGUCCAGCGAGUCAAGAACAAGUGGAAGUGCACUUUGAAGGACGGCAUCUUGACUACUGGUGGCAAAGAAUACGUCUUCCACAAAGGCCAAGGAGAAUUCGAGUGGUGA